AUGCGUGGUUUAUCAAUGACAUCUCCUCAAGAUAUUCCAUCAUUUGCUGCUUAUUUUCCCGAUUGGAAAUUUUUUGUUACAAAUUUUCUCCAACAGAUACGUUCUGUUCAUGGUGUUGAAAAAAUUGUUGAAGAUACAAUGAAAAUUCCUACAUCAUAUGGUGAACGUCUUGUUUGGUUAUUACCAGGAAAAAAUCGUUUAAUUCUGCAUAUGAAACAUAAAAAUCGAUGGAGUUAA